GCCGUGAUGACGCCAUCCGUCCGCGCCCGCAGUCGAGCGUUGUUCGCGCCGCUGGCAGGCGCCUGCGCAGUGGCUCCGAGCGGGCGGUUGCUUGUUGGUUGUUGUAGUAACGGGGGAAGCAGCCUUCGGCGGCUGCGUUGAUUCCGACUGGGGAAGGAGAAGGGAGGUGAAUCAGAGCCCGGUCCCCGCCUGCCAGCCCCGAGCUAUGAGAAGAUGAGACAGGAGUCUGUGCCAUCCAAAUUGUCUGAUCCAGUGAAACUGCAAGGAAGAAAGGUCUCUGAGGCCUCUGUCUGUUGACUGCAUGACAAACCCUAAAGGAAAUGCCAGUUGUGAUGGCCCGGGACCUGGAGGAAACAGCAUCAUCCUCAGAGGAUGAGGACCUGGUAAACCAAGAGGAUCACCCAUGUAUCAUGUGGACUGGAGGCUGCAGGAGAAUUCCAGUUUUGGUUUUCCAUGCUGAGGCUAUUUUGACAAAGGACAACAAUAUUCGAGUAAUUGGAGAGCGUUAUCAUUUGUCUUAUAAGAUUGUGAGAACGGACAGUCGCCUGGUGCGAAGCAUUCUGACAGCCCAUGGAUUUCACGAAGUUCACCCGAGCAGCACUGACUAUAACCUGAUGUGGACAGGAUCCCAUCUGAAGCCCUUCUUACUUCGAACUCUCUCUGAAGCACAGAAAGUUAAUCACUUCCCCAGAUCGUAUGAACUAACCCGGAAGGACCGACUGUACAAAAACAUCAUUCGAAUGCAGCACACGCAUGGAUUCAAGGCUUUCCACAUCCUCCCUCAGACCUUCCUCCUGCCAGCCGAGUACGCGGAGUUCUGUAAUUCAUAUUCAAAGGACCGGGGACCUUGGAUAGUAAAACCAGUGGCCUCUUCUAGGGGGCGGGGCGUCUACUUGAUCAACAAUCCAAACCAGAUCUCCCUGGAAGAGAACAUCUUGGUCUCCCGUUACAUUAACAACCCCCUGCUCAUAGAUGAUUUCAAGUUUGACGUGCGCCUCUAUGUGCUCGUGACCUCCUAUGACCCCCUUGUCAUCUAUCUCUAUGAGGAAGGAUUGGCUAGGUUUGCAACUGUGCGAUAUGAUCAAGGAUCCAAGAACAUUCGGAACCAGUUCAUGCACCUGACAAACUACAGUGUGAAUAAGAAGAGUGGAGACUAUGUGAGUUGUGAUGAUCCAGAAGUGGAGGAUUAUGGGAACAAGUGGAGCAUGAGUGCAAUGCUUAGGUACCUGAAACAAGAAGGCAAGGACACAACUGCAUUGAUGGCCCAUGUGGAAGACCUGAUCAUUAAGACGAUAAUCUCUGCUGAACUAGCUAUCGCCACUGCCUGCAAGACCUUUGUCCCACACCGCAGCAGUUGUUUCGCCGUCAGCACAGUGGGAUCGCGUGUGUUGUCUCAUUGCAUAGAACCCAGGAACAGCAGUAGUGUGUUGGAGUACUUAGUGUUCCUUCCAACUGUUCUUCGAAGGAGACUAACUUUUCUUGAACUUAAGGAUCUGUGCUUAUUGCUUACACUCAAACUGUAUGGCUUUGAUGUGCUCAUAGAUAAUACUCUGAAGCCAUGGUUAUUGGAAGUGAAUCUCUCCCCUUCUUUGGCCUGUGAUGCACCGCUGGACCUCAAGAUUAAAGCCAGUAUGAUCUCAGAUAUGUUCACUGUUGUAGGAUUUGUGUGCCAAGAUCCUGCACAGCGGGCAUCCAACCGGUCAAUUUAUCCCACCUUUGAGUCUUCCAGGCGGAACCCUUUUCAGAAACCUCAGCGUUCCCGUCCACUUUCUGCCAGUGACGCAGAAAUGAAAAACCUUGUGGCCUCAGCCCGGGAGAAGGUACCCGGGAAGUUAGGCGGUUCUGUGCUUGGUCUGUCAAUGGAGGAGAUCAAAGUUUUACGGAGGGUAAAGGAAGAGAAUGACCGGAGAGGAGGAUUUAUCCGCAUAUUUCCUACAUCUGAGACAUGGGAAAUAUAUGGGUCCUACCUCGAACACAAAACCUCCAUGAACUAUAUGCUGGCAACACGCCUUUUCCAGGACAGGGGAAACCCAAGAAGAAGCUUGCUGACAGGAAGAACACGGGUAAAUACUGAGGGCGCACCAGAACUGAAGGUGGAGAGCAUGAAUUCCAAGGCCAAGCUGCAUGCUGCUCUCUAUGAGAGGAAGCUCCUGUCUCUGGAGGUGCGAAAACGUAGACGACGGAGUGGCAGAUUGAGGGCAAUGAGGCCAAAAUACCCAGUGAUUACCCAACCAGCUGAAAUGAAUAUUAAAACUGAGACAGAAAGUGAAGAGGAGGAAGAUGUUGGAUUAGACAACGAAGACGAAGAACAGGAAGCCUCCCAGGAGGAGUCUGCAGGGUCUCUUGGAGAAACUCAAGCCAAGUACACGCCUUCGUUGACUGUUAUAGUAGAAAAUUCACCCAGAGACAGUUCCAUGAAAGUUGCCGAGUGGACUAAUAAAGGUGAUCAGUGCUGCAAAAUUGAGACUCAAGAGCCAGAGUCUAAAUUUAAUCUGAUGCAGAUUCUCCAGGAUAACGGAAAUCUAAGCAAAGUACAGGCCCGGCUAGCAUUCUCUGCCUACCUUCAGCAUGUGCAAGUCCGUCUGACGAAAGACAGUGGUGGUCAGACUCUCAGUCCCAGUUGGGCUGCCAAAGAGGAUGAACAGAUGGAGCUAGUGGUUCGUUUCCUUAAGCGAGCAUCAAGUAAUCUCCAGCAUUCAUUAAGGAUGGUGUUGCCUAGUCGGCGAUUGGCACUUCUGGAGCGCAGAAGAAUCCUUGCCCACCAACUAAGUGACUUUAUCGUUGUGUACAACAAGGAAACAGAACAAAUGGCUGAAAAGAAAUCAAAGAAGAAACUAGAAGAGGAGGAGGAAGAUGGGGUGAAUGCAGAAAGCUUUCAGGACUUCAUCCGACAAGCAAGUGAGGCUGAACUGGAGGAGGUGCUGACUUUCUAUACCCAAAAAAACAAGUCUGCCAGUGUCUUCCUGGGGACUCACUCUAAGAGUUCUAAGAACAGCAGUAGCUAUUCUGAUAGUGGGGCAAAAGGUGAUCACCCUGAGACAAUUCAAGAAGUGAAAAUAAAGCAGCCCAAACAGCAACAGGCAACAGAAAUCCACUCCGAUAAAUUAUCUCGAUUUACCACUUCAGCAGGAAAAGAGGCUAAACUAGUCUAUACCAGUUGUUCUUCUCUCUCUGGUCCUGCUGCUGUUCUUCUGCAGAAACUUCCCAGCACCCACUUGUCAUCUCUUAUUACAGCCUCUGCCCUCUCGUCAGGUCCUGGCCACCAUUCCUCUUUAUCUCAGAUUUCUCCAGCUAUCCCCAGCAUGCCUCACCAGUCAGCACUUUUACUGAACCCAGUCCCCGACAGUGCUUCUCCCUCCAUACACCCUGGGACCCAGAACGUAAGCCCCGCUGGCCUGCCGCGCUGUCGAUCAGGCAGUUACACCAUGGGCCCCUUUUCCUCUUUCCAAAGUGCCGCACACAUCUAUAGCCAGAAACUGUCUCGUCCCUCUUCAGCAAAGGCAGCAGGUUCAUGCCAUCCUCAUAGGCACCAUUCAGGAAUAGCCAAAACUCAAAAAGAGGGUGAAGAUGGUUCCUUCAGCAGAAGAUACAACCAGAGCCUGGUUACGGCCGAACUCCAGCGGCUGGCAGAGAAGCAGGCAGCCAGGCAGUAUUCUCCAGCCACUCACAUCAACCUCCUCACCCAGCAGGUGGCAAACCUGAACUUGGCCAGCAGUGUCAUAAACAGAAGUAGUGCUUCCACGCCCCCUACCCUUCGGCCUGUCAUCAGUCCUAGUGGCCCGACAUGGUCUAUACAGUCAGACCUCCACGCUCCUGAGAACCACGCCAGCCCCCCUGGGAGCAGGAGCCUCCAGACAGGCGGCUUUGCCUGGGAGGGCGAGGUGGAGAACAACGCGUACAGCAAGGCCACAGGGGUGGUUCCGCAGCACAAGUAUCACCCCACAGCAGGCAGUUACCAACUCCAUUUUGCCCUCCAGCAACUUGAACAACAGAAACUUCAGUCCCGGCAGCUCCUGGACCAGAGUCGAGCCCGGCAUCAGGCGAUCUUUGGCAGCCAGACACUACCUAACGCCAGUCUAUGGACGAUGAAUAAUGGUGCAGGCUGCAGAAUUUCAAGUGCCACAGCUGGUGGCCAGAAGCCAAACACCCUGCCACAAAAAGUGGUGCCACCUCCAAGUUCCUCCACCUUGGUCUCCAAGCCCCCAUCCAAUCACAAACAAGUGCUCAAAAAGGCCACAUCCCAGAGGGCUUCCAAAGGCUCCUCCAUGGAAGGGCAGCUGAAUGGACUUCAGAGCAACCUUAACCCUGCGGCCUUUCUGCCCAUCGCCAGCUCCACAGGAUCUUUGGAAGCUCCCCAAGUUAUUUUCGCCAGAUCCAAACCCUUACCCACACAGUCUGGAGCCCUUGCCACAGUUAUAGGACAGAGAAAAUCAAAGUCGAUGAAGUCAGGGACAAUUUAAGAAAGGAAUGAGGAGAGAGACAGGAACACCAAAUCCACGACUUGGUCAUCUACCAAAAUGUACCGGAGAAACUGAAAACACCCAGAAUUCUCGUGCCACUAAGCCAAUGGUACUUUAACCCUGACACUAAACAGCCUUUCCCUUGAUGAAGAACUUGUAAAAAGUAUAGAAAGCUGAACGAAAAGGUCAAGAUGUCCUUCAUAUACUGGCAUCUGGAAGGGUGAAUGUGACAGCCAGCUCCAAACCAAACUGAUAGCCUGCCAAGGAGUACUGGCAUCUCUGCUUCCAGGACUGUGAGCCUUGGACCGCCGCGGUGUAUCAUUUUCCUUGCGCCUCUCUUCUGGUUCUCCCUGAUCAGUGCUCAGCCAUGUAGAUGUGUCGGCAGUGCAGCCUUGAAAAAGUUCAUCUCCGUACCUAGAAUUCUGGACAAAAACCGUUCUGCUGAACUUGAACUCACCAUCUUCUGGAGACAGCAUGCCCAGGAUGCACGGACAUGGACUCAGAGUCAGUCACGGUCUCAGAAAUCAGUGAGCAGUAUGGCUACAGUAUGGCUGUGUCUGCAGAAACUGUUAAUCCGGUUCAUAUCGCCCAUCUGCCGUGUGCUGCCUCCCUCGAACAGAGAAGUAGCCUACGUGGUGAGGAUGCAGAAGAAUCUCAGAGACCACCGCCCAUUCCAGCAGCAAUCUGAAUUGGUGGUGCGCAGAAGUCUCUGCAACCACAGUAGUGACGAGCAGCAUCCGCAGCUCUGACAGUCCCAGAAGCCUUCCCUAUGUAAGUUAGAGGGACAGAUGUGCUAGACCGAAGAACACUGAGUACGUUUGCAAAACAUGUUAUACGAUGCUGAGGAAAUUCCUGGUGUCCUCAUCAAGGUAACUGUGCUGAGGGUAGUGGGAAUGAAAGCCCAACUAAGACCCCUCGGUCUAGGCAAGUGUUAUAUUCAGACAGAGACGUUGCUGACUUGUCUUAGCUCUUAUCUAUUUUACCAAUAUAAUAAUAUAAAAUACAUAUAUAUUGUGUUAACUGUA